AUGAGUCUCGCCGCGCGCUCCAUCCUGGGCAAAAGAGGCUGCAAUAAGAUGAGCACCUCGAAGAACCCCCCCCUCGCAAAAAAGGACAUCUUCCCCUUCAUGUCGCUCCCCGCCGAACUGCGGCUGCACAUCUACACCAUGGCGCUCGUGCGCGCAUCGCCAAUCCCCCUGCACAUUCCGCGCGCGCCCGAAAACCCCAGCGUCGAGAACCACAGCAUCAACGAACAUAGCCUCCGCCCCGCGCGCCACGUCUCCGCCGAAGAACCCCUCACGCCUGUAUCCGACCCCAUCGUCCCCGUGAUCCUGCGCCUCAACCAGCAAAUCCACAAAGAAGCACGCCAGCUGCUGUAUGCCGAGAACACAUUCCGCCUCUCGCUGCUCAGCGGCAUACACACGCUGUCCAUCCUGCACCAGCGCAGCAGGAGCAUGAUCAAGCACGUCGUGCUCAGCAUCCCCUCGCACCACGACAUCCUCGACGGCUUCGCGGACCUGGUCCGCCUCGGCCUGCGCUAUUGCUGGGGCCUGAAGAGUUUCCGCAUCGUGCUGCUCGCCAGCCUGCCGGAUGACGGGCGCAUCGGCGGCGCGACGAGCGUGUAUGCGAAUGCAUUUCACAUACUGAGGUGGUUGCCGCGGGGGUGUAGUGUGGUGCUCGAGGGGUGUGUGAGUGAGACGGUGCGGAAGGUGGUCAGUGAGGAGGGCAGGUUGAUGAAUGUGUUGGAUGAGGUGAGUUAUUAUACAUACUUGGCGCAGGGGAGGUGGAUGUCAUGCUAA